AUGGCAAAGAAAGGGUCAUUGUUUCGCAAUUUGAAGCAGUUUGACGGCUAUGCUAAAACUCUCGAUGACUUUCGCGUCAAAACUACUUCAGGUGCAUCAGUUACCAUUAUCAGUAUGAUAAUUAUUAUUGCGCUUAUUUCCUUUGAAGUUAUGGAAUAUACUACUACUUUUUGGCGACCCAGCCUGGUUGUCGAUAAAAGUAGGAAAGAGAAGUUACCGAUCAAUUUCAACCUCACCUUUCACAAUAUGCCUUGCUAUAUGCUUAAUAUUGAUAUAAUGGAUGAGAAUGGCGAGCAUAUUUCAGGCUUUUCACAGGAUAUAACCAAAGUUCGGCUUACGUUAGAUGGUGAGGCAAUAAAGUCGGACUCAGCAGAAUUAGGGGACUAUACAGCAGAUGCUUCGAAGGCAUUUAAACCAUCUACUGAAUGUGGUAGCUGCUACGGUGCCACACCUUUACGUGAAGAUGGUUGUUGUAACACUUGCCAAGAAGUGCGUGAAGCUUACAUUAAACAAGGUUGGGGACUUGUCAAGGCCGAAAAAAUUGAUCAAUGCAUUCGUGAAGGGUGGUUAGAGCGGUUUGAAAAACAAUCCAACGAAGGAUGCAAUAUUCAUGGGCACUUACUGGUUAACAAAGUGAGGGGCAAUUUCCAUUUUGCCCCAGGCGACACAUUUCAAACGACUUCUAUGCAUGUGCAUGAUCUAAAGGAGUUUACAGCAGGCGCUCCAGAUGGACAUAAGUUCGAUUUGAGCCAUACAAUACAUAAGUUAAGAUUUGGACCUGACACUCAGAAUGAGGCAGACGAUAUUUUGGCCGUGACAGAUUCGCUAUCCGGCACGUCGAAGAAGGAACUUAAAGACCGUAAAGUAUUUCAAUACUUUUUGAAGAUUGUUUCAACGAAACUUUUCCCUUUGAACAGUGUUCCAACGCUCACCAAUCAGUAUUCUGUGAUACAAAACGAUAUCGAAGGGGCUAAUGGUGGCUUGCCUGGCGUGUUUUUCAUGAUGGAGAUAUCUCCUAUGGAAAUCAUAUAUAAGGAGGCUCAUAAAUCAUUCGGAAGUCUUUUAACUGGUAUAUUAGCUGUCAUAGGUGGCGUUUUUACUGUUGCCGGUUUAAUCAAUCGUAUCGUUUAUAGAGCAGAAAGAGCAUAUCAAAAGAAAGUGCAACUAGGCAAGACAUUAUAA